GCACGAAGAACGCACGACCCUCACUUCACUUCACCAUGAAGUCCAAGCCAGCAACAGGCGGAGGAGCGUUGCAUAUGUCUACGAGGAGUAGAUGAUGCACCUCCGCCAUGCCGCUCAACAGCAUCUCCGCCGACUAGCACGUCGAUACCCGCUUCUCCGCCGAGUCUCCGUGACUACCUCACUGUUUACGCUGGUUUGGCUUUAUGUUGUGUAUUGGGGGGAGCGGACAACGUUCGCUGAGCAUAUAAGGACAUGUGCAUGGGAUAGAUGGGAGGAAUGGCCUUCGGACGCCUCACCGCACCAUAUGGUGCUGAUUGCCGACCCGCAGCUGGUCGACCCGCAUACGUAUCCGGGUCGACCAUGGCCACUCUCCGCUUUGACGGAGAGGUAUACGGAUUUGUAUAUGGCACGUAACUUCCGACUUACCAAUGAUCGACUGGAUCCGGAUUCGGUGGUUUUCCUUGGCGAUUUGUUCGACGGAGGUAGGGAGUGGGCUCCGCAGAAAGCUCGACCAUUGAACAGGCACCAGAGGGAGUACCUCGAGAACAAAGGUAUUGUGAGACCGAAAGACGGAGAGGCACAGCAAGACGCGAAGGACUUCCUACAUGGCGAAGAGGGUCGCUGGAAAGCUUGGGACCAGCGGCUGUGGGACGCGGAAUUCGUACGCUUCGGUCACAUAUUCUUCGAUACCAAACAGCUGUACCCCGAUACGGCUCGAGAGACGUUCGCCGCUUUCGAGGUGCCAGCGCAUGAGGUCUCGGUCGAGAAUGGCGCCCGAAAUGCUUCAUCGCAGGAAUAUGCUGUUGCUGGCGGGAAGCAGCGACAAGUCAUUGCCAGCCUUCCUGGCAAUCACGACCUCGGAUUUGGAGCGGGUGUGCAGCAAUCCGUUCGCAGUCGCUUUCAGAUGCACUUCGGCGACACCAACAGGAUCGACAUCAUCGGGAACCAUACGUUCAUCAGCCUCGAUGCACCCUCCCUGUCUGCCUUCAGCCAGUACGUUCCAGAAGGUGGCGAGACAUUACCGGAGCGGGCCAAGGAGCUGUCACCUACAUGGAAGCCGACAGUUGACUUCCUCGAGAACUUGCGAACGCCGGCGGGGAAGGCGGUUGCGGAGGCGUUAGGAAGCUAUUAUCCAACCUCGCAGGAUAUCCCACGGUAUCCUCAUGCCGUCAUUGAGCCUGGCGACCUGACAAAUCAUCCGUCAACGGCAGAGCUAGCCAAAGACGCGCUGUCAGCAAAGGCGCAAUUACCAGUCAUCCUACUCACGCACGUCCCGUUAUAUCGCGAUCCAGAUACUGACUGCGGCCCGCUUCGUGAAAAAGGCCACGCGAUAGCCAUCUCUGCAGGAUAUCAAUAUCAGAAUGUCAUCACGCAGCCGUUAACGACCAAGGUUGUCAACGCCGUCUCCGCGGCCGGAGUCAUCACUCACGUGUUCUCUGGUGACGAUCACGACUACUGCGACAUUGUGCAUCACUACAACAUUGGCCAGCCUGACGUCGCGAACAAUGAUGGCAGCCGCACUCCUAUUCUUCGAACCAUCAAAGAGAUCACGGUCAAGAGCUUCAGCUGGGCUAUGGGUGUCCGAUCGCCCGGCUUUCUGCUCGUCAGCUUGUGGAAUCCCGUCGAUGCGGAGGGUAACACGAUGGGGAGCUCGAUGCGGACAGUGCAGACACAUUUGUGUUUGCUGCCCGAUCAGCUCACCAUCUUCAUCGACUACGCUAUGCUCUUGGGCUUUACGCUGGCCUUCCUACUGCUACGCGCUGUCACCAUAUCCGUCCGAGCUGCGGGUAACCCCGAGGAGCUGAGAGACUCAAGUCCAACGACGAACAAACUCAUUCUACCACGCUAUAAAGCGAGAGCGAACGGUUACUCCACGCCGACCAAAGCGAACGGUCGACACCGUGCAUCAUCUUCUUCCAUGUCUUCGGGGCAGAACAGCUCGUCUUCCCUCGGCGUACAGCGUAGCUACAAUGCUCGCACGCGCUCUGUGUCUCCCGCCGUCACAAAUGGCUACGUGCUCCCUCAGCUCCCUGAGCAUCAAGGCCCGCUUAUCGAGAAGGCAGGCUUCUACCCGCAAGUACGCUGGGCUGAUCCCGCCGAUGAUUCGGAUGAGGAGAAUCAUAUUGGCGAUCUGGACGCGGAAUGUGAUAGUCAGGCGAAGUGGAAGAGGAGACGGAGGGUACCAUUGACGCUUAGAAGGACGGCGGUGGAGUUUUUGCUUAGCGUGUUUGUAGUAGGGCUACCGGCGGGGGUGUGGUAUGGAUGGCUUAUCAGCAAUGGAUGAGCGUGGACCCCGAGACUCCAAGAAAGGAGCUAAGUGUUUGAUUGAUGAGCUUCAGCGCGUAGCCUUAGACUACGCGAAACUACCUUGAUCACGUC